GGUACGUACGUACUUCGCACGGGUUUCCAUCGUUCACUUGUACUGUGAGAUUUAAGGUUUACGACGAGCAGAAUCACCAGGUCUGAUCACAAGAACCACCCAGCGCUUGGUUCGAGACAGUGCUGCGASGACUUCAAACGAAGGAACCACAAACACAAUGGCACUUGCGGCGGUGCUCUGGAUUUUCUUCUCCUUGCGGCUGCUUGUCGAAUCCUUCCGGCACGAGCAUUCUUGCUAUUCGCGGCAGCGCCGUCGGCAUUACUACCUCGCCCAACCAAGUGUCGUUGAAGGUUUCGGCGUGUCCGUUGCCAAUCGGAAUGUCAAAAGAGAUGCCGGYAUCGACUGCUUGGAAAACCGCCUUUCAUUGCCGGAUUCCGUAGCUCUGUUCUCGAGCAAGGGAGGCCUUGGUGAGAACCAAGGCAGCGACUCCGAAUACCGCUCCGUUGCGRACGUCGUUGGGGGGUUGCACGGGGGAAAGUACCAAUUCGGAAGCGAUGCCACCGGGGGAGCGUUCUUUCAAAACGGCGACGCCUUUUCGGGCACCGGUGAUUCGGGUGGUKCACAGCAAGAGCUCUUUGCCACAGACACAGGCGACGACGAUGGCGGGGAGCUCCCCAACUGGGCCAAGCGGAUGGCGCCAAGGAUCGAACCGCCGGGCAGCAAUCAUCCGAAYGACUGCAAGGUCUUGAAGCUUCCCUCCAACGCGGAUCCCAUGGAUGGAAUGUUUCAUUUCACUUCCAUUGAAAUUCGGAACCAGGAACGAACCUGGGAAAAAUUCUAUGCUAAGAUUAUGGUGAAGGAGGSCGCAGCGGACGGUGGAGGGUUUGUCGAGCUGCCAUCUCCAGAGGCCUCCAAUCUGCUUUGUGUUGYGCCCUCUUCGGGAUUCCUGGCCCCACGGGGUGGUGCGAGCAAUGCCUGCGAUGCGAACAAGCCCUAUUCGGACAKGGCCACCAUCCGGAUCGCCCAGAAUGGUUUGUGGCAAAAUGAUGCCAACGAUGGCCUAGAAGAAAGGCUCUGGUUGGUGGUUGGGACAGAAGAAGAGCAAUGGUCGUACAAGCUCGAAUUUCUAGCGUUGGGCGACGGAGACUAACCGCAACGAAAGAAUUUAUUUCGUAGGAGGAAAACACAACAAAGAGAUCUCGGAUGCUGGAUGCUGGAUGCUGCGCCGCAGGCACCGAGCGGGCUUGGUUUUCCCCAGUUCGGAACGGAGGCAACAAAAGUGCAGUCGGUCGGAAUGUGCGAGUGCAGCAUUUGCCAAGAAGUUGCAACGGAAAAUCACGAAAUCAUACAAUGCAUCGCUGAAAAAGAAGAUUUCAAUCUAAUUUUUGCUGACGGCAUCCCCUCGGCUCGCAGCAAAGAAUGGUUGUUGCUACUCAGGAAACAGUSUUAUUUAUACUGGUAUGAUUCCUAUUUUUUGCAAUAGUCGAACGCUUUUACGAGAAUGAGAAUCAUCGUGCGAUGCAACAUUUCYACGCCUGUUCUCUUGAAACAAUUCUCCCACAACGCGCCUCCAAGACAACUCCAGAGURRAAGUAAAACUACAUC